AUGUCGGACAUUCGGAAGCGAAAAUCAGCUCAGGCCAGUUCUAAAGACAGCGCCAACGGAGCCAAAUCGUCCGCUCCCGCUGCAGCGAGCUCAAGCUGGCUUGUGAAAAUCUUGAUUUUUGCAGCAAUCGGAGUUUCAUUUGUCCUCUUUGCUCCUGUCGAAAUCACUGUUUCUUAUAAGACGCCUCUCAUUCUCCAGCACUUCCAAAGCCAAGAAUCCGCUUCCAGUCCGACGCAGUUCAAAUCUCAGCCAGCUUCCGAGGAAGUUCAUUCUCCUCAAAGCUCGUCAGAACCCGAAGUCGCUGAAGCUCAAAAAGAGCCAUAUCCAGUGCCAGAAUUUGUUCCAACAGAUUUCGUACCACUAAACGGCGAAGAAGAGAAAUCCUUCGAUCUUUACAAAGCAGCACGAACAGUCAGUCCCGAGGACGUCUACGUCGAUCCCAAUAGCCAGCCUUGGCACAAGUUCGACAUCAAAAGCUACAUCGACGAGGGGAGAAUCAAGAACAAGAAAGAUGCCUAUAAAACCGCCGCGUUUAAUCAGCUCGUAUCCGACGACGUCCCAAUGGACCGAAAUAUUCCAGACACGCGGCUGGGAAGAUGCAACACUGUCGAAUGGCCACGAGAAGGUCUACCGACUACUUCCGUCAUCAUCACUUUCCACAAUGAGCUUCGUUCGACCCUUCUUCGAACCAUCAUUUCUGUCAUCAGAAGAACACCGAGCAACAUUCUCAAAGAAAUCGUCCUCGUCGACGAUGCUUCUUCUGACCCUCGCAUCGGAAUGGAACUAAUCAAAAUUAACAAAGUGAAGCUUAUUGUCAACCGAGAACGACAGGGCCUCAUAAGAGCGCGAAUCCGGGCAGCGAUGAUCGCCACUGGAGAGACCUUCACAUUUCUCGAUAGCCACGUAGAAGUCAAUCAAGAGUGGAUCCAGCCUCUGAUGCUUAGAAUUAAAGAAAAUCCAAAAAUGGUCGUUGCUCCAAUUAUCGAUGUCAUCAAUAAAGACAAUUUCCAAUACAUCGGCGCAGACGCUUUCCUGACUGGCGGCGUCAGCUGGGCAAUGGUAUUCCGAUGGGACUGGCUGACUCGAUCCGAGAUGGAAUCAAUGGAUCAUACAGUUGGACUCAAAAGUCCAACGAUCGCCGGCGGACUCUUCUCAGUUGGUAAGGCUUGGUUCCACGAACUUGGUGAGUAUGAUGAUCAAAUGGAUAUCUGGGGCGGAGAGAACAUUGAGUUUUCCUUCCGAGUCUGGCAGUGUGGCGGAGAAAUGGAAAUUCUUCCCUGCUCAAGGGUCGGCCAUGUUUUCCGCGACGACCACCCUUACGACUUUGGCAAGAAGGGAUCUAACCACGUCUUCGUGAAGAACAACAAUCGCUUCGUGCACACCUGGAUGGACGAGUACUCAACGUUUUAUUACGGAACAAGGCCAAACGCCAGAUCAAUCUUGCCAGGAGAUCUGUCCGUCCGAAAGCACUUCAAGCAAAAGCUCCAAUGCAAGGGUUUCAAAUGGUACAUGGAAAAUGUGUAUCCAAGACAACACAUGCCCGAGAGAAACUCGAUCGCGUGGGGACAUGCCAAGCGUGGCGAACAUUGCCUUACUGUUUUUAACUUGUCGAAGCCAGUGGAAGGAGUCUACGGCCAGCUUGGCGGAGGCAACUGCAACCAAGGACUCUACAAUCCAAACUUCCAAGACAUGGACAAACAGAGCCUGGUUCUGAAGAAAGAUUCUGGCCUCUUUCAACAGCCGACAAAGAUUCUUGUUGAUGGUCAAGAAGUAUACGAGAACAAGUGCUUUGGAACUAUCGAAAAACCUCCUAAAGACGGAUCAAAAGUCGUCCUGGCAGACUGUGCGGAGGAGGAUAACGAUCACCAGCGUUGGGUGUAUCACAACGUCAAUUUGAAAUUGGACGCUUAUCAGCACUUGUGUCUAGACGCAUUCCAGCUCGGCACGUUCAGACUUAAAAAGUGUGCUAACAAAGACUCGCAGCAGUUCCUCUUCGAAAUGCUGCAUAUUUAA